AUGUUUAGCAAAAUCGUAGCUCUCAGCGCUCUAUUGGCCGCUGCUAACGCCGGCUACUUUGGUCACGGUCACGCCGUGUCUUCCCAAAGCAUUAUCCGUCACGACGAGCCUGUACACUACGCUGCUCCCGUAGCCCACUACGCUGCGCCGAUUGUCCACUACGCUGCUCCCAUCGUCCACUACGCUGCUCCUGCUUACUACAACAGUCACGACACCUACUCUCACCCCAAAUACGACUUCUCGUACUCCGUGGCCGACCCUCACACUGGUGACCACAAGUCCCAGCACGAGAGCCGCAACGGAGACUCCGUGCACGGAUACUACUCUCUGGCUCAACCUGACGGUUCCAUCCGCAAGGUCGAGUACACCGCUGAUGCCCACAAUGGUUUCAACGCUGUGGUGCACAACUCUGCCCCCUCCGUGCACCCCGCCCCCAUCCACGAAUACGACUCCGACCAUUACUGAUUUAUGCAUAUCUGACUGAUUAAGUGCCUAUUUAUAAUUAUUGUAGAGUGUGUUCACCUAUGAUACCCUUAAAUACAUGACUUAGAAAUAA